AUGUCCUUCUCAGCAACCACCAAAUUCCUCCUCCGCGAAGGGAUAUACGGCCUCAUUUGGCUCAUCCUCCUCUUCCGCCCAGUCUUCACCUACAUCAUCCACCACGAACCAGUAAUUCCACCACACCCUAUGGUCCGCGAAUCCACCAUCCUCUUCCCUGUCUACGCCUGCGCUAUCGACUUCAUGCACUUCUGCAUGUUAUCCUUUGCCUUCUACUUCUGCCACGGUCUGAAAGCCUUCCAACUCUUCCCAGAGGAUAUCGCGGCGGAGUACCUCUGGCGCCAGACGGAUCUCAGACGCGGCUUCGCUCGAGGAUUCAAGCAGGAGCAUUUCACGGCGUUCUGGUUUGCGUUUCGGGUUGCGACCAGGAUGGGGACCGCGGCGUUGUUCUGUCACACGUUCGGGGCUUGGUACACUCCUUUCGAUGUGCUGGCUUGGGUCAUGUUUUGCGUGGAUGUUCAGUACGUUAUGCUGAAUGUUCUGAUCUUCCUGGGGCAGAGAGUAGGGGUGGAUGUGGUGGCGUUGAGGACGGAAUUCGAGCGCUAUCUUGGCGCGUUCUUUUGA